CAGUGCUGCUUCUGAUUGGAAAUAACAACCAAUAAUCAAUUUUCCUAAUUAUUAAUUAGUAUAGUAUUCAACUUUAGCUUACGCUAUAGCAACUAAAUAUCUAUCCUUACAAACAGUUAGUGUAAAUCAAAUUGUUUUCAUGAUACAUCUCUAGAUUAACACUUUUUCCUGAACUUGGAACAAGAGUUUUGUGGGCUUCUGCUCCAGAUUGAAUUUAUUUUUGUCUUCUUUGAUAAUUUUGGUUCUUGCUUUUUGAGGAGAGAAAAUUUGAUGGGAUCUUCCAGCACUGCGCCAAAACGGGGUAACCGCAUUCCUCAGAGAGAUGAAGAAGGAGAUGACGAAGAUGAAUAUAUGGAACAGCUUAUGCGGCAGAUUUAUAGUACGUAUCAUCGAGAAGAACUCUCGACUGUCUUAAUCACAGGCAUGGCUGGUAUUGGAAAGACAAUUCUUGCUAGACAAGUAUACAACCACGAACAUGUCGUUGCUCAAUUCCAACGCCGUGCUUGGGUGUGUGUUACUGACUUGACUGGGAAAGAGGUACUUAUGAAACUAAUACAACAGGUAUUAAACAGUUAUAAACUCGAAAGAGAUUCCUUGAUAGAGAAAAUGGAGCGUGGAGAUAAUCAAAGUCUCCAAGAGAUGCUUCACCAACACCUGAAAGGAAAGCGAUAUUUCAUAGUUCUCGACGACGUGCCCAAAGAAAUGAACUGGGAAUCUAUCUGGAAAGGUCUUCCAUAUGAAAAAAAAGGAAGUAAAUUGCUGCUCACGAGUCGCAGUAAGAAUACACGAAGAGACCCCUUCUUUUUGCAUGAGAUGAAAAACAGUAUCCAUUGUACUUAUUAUAUGCAACCUCUAAAUCCUGAGGAGAGCUGGCAAUUUUUUUCGAAAACAAUAUUCUGUGGCAUUGAUAAAUCACACGAAUUCCCAAAGCAUUUGGUGAAAAUGGGGAGGGACAUGUUGACACUGUGUGGCGGUGUGCGGUUAGCUAUAAAAGAGAUGGGAAUGCAGUUAGCAGAAAAGAAACGAUUAGGGAGUGAAUGGGAGCAUCUUCUUCAACCAACUCCUUGCCAUGCAAUUUUGGAGGCUAUCAUGUUAAUGACAAUACAAAGGCUAGACCGCGGUUCAGAUUAUUGGGUUAAUCAGGGAGAGGUGAUUAAUGUCCUUAAAAUGAUGGUGGAUUUCGUGAGAGACAUGAAAUUGGAAGAGGGAAGCAGGCUGUAUUAUUUCAUAUGCGACGUCGUUGACAUGGCUCACUAUCUUGGGGAGAAUAGGCGCUUAUCUAAAUAUAAUGCAGAGAUCCAAAGAUGGACCAGCGAGGUCAAAAUGAGCAUGCUCGAAGGGGCAGAGACAGAGUCAUCCUCGUACAAAUCAGAAAGUUUCGGAGAAGGAGACCAAAAUGGAAAUGUGGUGGGAUUAGAGGAAGACGUGGAUCUGCUGCUUCGCAGAGUGAUUUCUAAUGGGGAUCUAAACACCUAUUUGAUCACAGGGAUGACUGGUAUUGGGAAGACAGCUCUUGUAAGAAAAGUGUACAACCAUGCAGACGUCGUUGAUCGAUUCGAUAGGCGUUUUUGGGUAUGUUGUUUUACUAACUUCAGUCAUAAGAAAAUAUUGAUGAAGUUAAUACAGCUGGUGGUGGAUUGUGAGGAAUUCGAAAGGGAUUCUUUAUUGGAGAAAAUGGAGCGUCCAGAAAACUUUUGUGUGGGAGUCGGAGAGAUGCUGCGCAAACAUCUCGAUGGAAUGCGAUAUUUGAUAGUUCUUGAUGACUUUCCUAAAGAAAUGUGCUUGGAAUAUAUCUUGAAAUUUCUUCCAUUAAUUGGAGGUAUGCUCAUGCUUUUACUUAUCUUGGUAUUCCUAUUAUUUGUGUUCAUGUCAUGUUGCUAACUUAGAAUGAGCAUCCUUCUUAGAAUAAGAGAUUAAUUUAAACUAAAUGAUCAACUAUAUGAUGUUGAGGAUUUAAUUAGUUUCAAUUAAGCAUAACUAUAUAAAUUAGGGUUAAUUGCAUAUAGUAUCCUAUUUCCUAUGUCCCAUAUAAUUUAGUGUAUCUCACCAUGUUUCACUAUUAAUUUAGCUAUUUUAUACUCCCUCCAUUUCAUUUAACAUGACCCCUUUUCCAUUUUGGGUUGUCUAAUUACAAAUGGUCCAUUCUAAAAAAGAAAACUCCUUUAUCUCACAAAAAGUUGUA